CAGAGCUGGAGACCAGUCGAUCGUUUCACAGUGCCCAAAAAACAAAAAGAGAGCAAAGUUUGCUUUGAGUGAGCUUUAAGCUUUGGCGCUGAUCUAGGCUUUUUUGUAUAUUUAAACUUUAAAGUUACCUUUGAGGUGCCAUGAGCUGUCGCUGCACUCGAAAGCUGACAAUGGCCAUGAGCGGCUGUGUGAUUAUUUUGGUGAUCGCCCUCACCGUCGGCCUUUGUGUGGGCCUGGGCGGUGGCGAGAGUGAGAGCGAGGGAGUACGCGAGGAUCCGCCCAAAUUCACAAUCGAUCAUGCGGCAAACACUUUUGUGCUGAAUGGUGAACCAUUUCGCUAUGUCGCCGGAUCUUUCCAUUACUUCCGUGCGGUGCCCGAGGCCUGGAGGAGUCGUCUGCGCACAAUGAGAGCAGCGGGUCUGAAUGCAGUGGAUACCUAUGUCGAAUGGUCGCUACACAAUCCCCACGAUGGUGUCUACAACUGGGAAGGCAUGGCGGAUGUGGUGAAAUUUCUAGAGAUUGCCCAGGAGGAAGACUUUUAUAUAAUACUGCGCCCAGGGCCCUAUAUCUGUGCAGAACGCGACAAUGGUGGACUGCCCCACUGGCUGUUCAGAAAAUAUCCCAACAUCAAAAUGCGAACGAGCGAUGCAAAUUACAUGGCCGAAGUGGCCAAAUGGUAUGCAGAGUUGAUGCCCCGCCUGCAGCACUUGCUGAUUGGCAAUGGUGGCAAGAUCAUCAUGGUGCAGGUGGAGAAUGAGUACGGGGACUAUGAAUGCGACAAAGUCUAUCUAAAUUGGCUGCGCGAUGAGACGGAGAGCUAUGUGCAGGGGAAUGCGCUGCUCUUCACGACGGACAUACCCAACGAACGCAUGAGCUGCGGCAAGAUCGACAAUGUGUUUGCCACCACGGACUUCGGCAUUGAUCGAAUUCACGAGAUUGACGCCAUCUGGGCAAUGCUGCGCAAACUGCAGCCCACGGGUCCGCUGGUCAAUUCGGAAUUCUACCCUGGCUGGCUGACCCACUGGCAGGAGAUGAACCAACGACGCGAUGGUCAAGUGGUGGCCGAUGCCUUAAAAACUAUUCUGAGCUACAACGCUAGCGUGAAUCUGUACAUGUUCUUUGGCGGCACCAACUUUGGUUUCACGGCCGGAGCCAACUACAAUCUGGAUGGGGGCAUUGGCUAUGCGGCGGAUAUCACCAGCUAUGACUACGAUGCAGUGAUGGACGAGGCUGGCGGCGUAACCAACAAAUAUACUCUGGUUAAGCAGGUGAUUGGUGAAGUUCUACCCCUGCCCGAGAUUACGCUGAGUCCCGCCAAGCGACUGGCAUAUGGCAAAGUGGAGCUGACUCCAGCACUGGCCCUACUCUCUGCCGAGGGACGUGCUGCUCUGGCCAAGGGCGAACCCGUGGAGUCGACAAAGCCAAAAUCGUUCGAGGAACUCGAUUUGUACUCCGGCCUGGUGCUGUACGAGACGCAACUGCCUAGCAUGGACCUUGAUCCGGCUCUCCUCAGGGUGAAUCAGAUCAACGAUCGUGCCCAUGUCUUUGUGGAUCAGGAGCUGGUGGGCACACUGUCCAGGGAGGCCCAAAUAUACUCCCUUCCACUGAGCAAAGGAUGGGGCAGCACGCUCCAGCUGCUGGUGGAGAAUCAGGGUCGCGUCAAUUUCUACAUCUCCAACGACACGAAGGGCAUCUUUGGUGAGGUGAGUCUCCAACUGCACAACGGCGGCUACCUGCCGCUGGAGAACUGGAAGAGCACUGCAUUCCCCCUCGAAGACGAGGUCGUGGAGAACUGGCGAAAACAGAGCGGGGAGCAAAGACUGGAUGCAUUCCUCGGCAGGCAACGCAUUCUGCGCAAUGGACCUGUUCUCUACACGGGCAACGUCAAGGUGGAGGAGGUGGGAGACACCUACUUAAACAUGGCUGGCUGGGGCAAGGGUGUGGCCUAUGUGAAUGGUUUCAAUCUGGGCCGAUACUGGCCCGUGGCCGGUCCCCAGGUCACACUCUAUGUGCCCAAUGAGAUCCUCAAGCUGGGGGAUAACACUUUGGUCAUACUGGAGUAUCAACGGACGAACAAGACAGCAAGUGGUGAGGAUCUGCCCGCGGUGCAGUUCGAUGCAAUUGCACAACUGGACGGACAGUCUGGAGAUGUGCCGCUUAAGUGACAUAAUCAAUAAGGGGAGAUCCUAAAUUGAUUAUGUUACUGAUAAAUAUAGUUAUAGCAUUUAAAUAAGUGGUUUUAUGGGCCUU